UUCGGAAGGAGAGGAUACAGGGAGGGAGCAGGAGUAUCACCUGGAUCUGAGAGUGUAUAUCCACAUAUACACACACAGCGGUGAAAGUAGCUGUCGCCCCUCCUCCGGAGACUCACCUGAUCGCUGGCGUACACUAACGUGCAGGCAGGCGGUGAGAGCGGCCACAGGAGCAGUAGCAGCAUCAGCAUCAGUAACUCAGCGCUGGAGAUGCUCGGCUCGGCACUGAGAGUUCUCCCUCACCCACUCGGCUCUGACCGAGUCCACUGACCGAUAGCACACGGGGACAGCGGUCAAACCACCGCAGCUGCUUCCCACCGAACCAACUCCUUGCUUUCUUGGGGGGGUAUAGCCCCCAGUUAUUUAAUCUGUUUUUUUUUUGAAAAAGUAAUCGCCAGUUCAAGUCAUGCAGUUGUCUCCUAAGGAACCACAGAGAAAGAACAUGUGGGAUCUGGCCAUAGAGGUCGGCAUGAGAGUUUUCCUCUUUGGAGUUUUUGUUUUUACAGAAUUUUUGGAUCCAUUCCAGCGAGUUAUUCAACCAGAAGAAAUUUGGCUGUACAAAAACCCCAUUGUGCAGUCAGACCACAUACCUACUCGCAUUAUGUUUGCUAUUUCUUUCCUCACACCCCUGGCAGUGAUCUUUGUUGUCAAAAUAAUUCGAAGAACAGAUAAAACAGAGAUUAAAGAGGCCUGUUUAGCUGUUUCUCUGGCCCUUGCUCUGAAUGGAAUCUUUACCAAUACGAUUAAGUUAAUAGUGGGAAGACCACGUCCUGAUUUCUUCAACCGCUGCUUUCCGGACGGUGUGAUGAACCCUGAGAUGCACUGCACAGGUGAUCCGGAUAUCGUGUCAGAGGGUAGAAAGAGUUUUCCUAGCAGUCAUUCCUCCUUUGCUUUUUCAGGUCUGGGUUUUACCACCUUCUACUUAGCUGGAAAAUUGCACUGCUUCACGGAUAUUGGUCAAGGAAAAAGUUGGAGACUGUGUGCAGCAAUCCUCCCUUUGUAUUGUGCUGUGAUGAUUGCCUUGUCGAGGACUUGUGACUACAAACAUCACUGGCAAGAUGCAUUGGUUGGUGCUCUAAUUGGCAUUAUUUUUGCCUACCUUGCCUACAGACAACACUAUCCAUCACUGAAUCACACUGAAUGUCACAAGCCACAUGUCUGCCUCAUGGUUCAGGUAUCAGCUCAACAGGAAGACGCCUCCACUCCAGACAAAGCUGUCAACCUGGCUUUAGAGGGUCUAACUGAAGGCCCUGUAUGACUGCUACAUUUCUAACUCGGACAAUUAUCCCUUCUAACAUUCCACGUGGAUCAAAACAAAAUCUGUUGAAAGAAACAAAUGUUAAAAUCCAUUCUAUAUCUCUAUCGUGUAUUUUUGUCCUUCAUGUGUCCAUUUGAAAGUAAACUUUGAAAGUAAAAUAGGUUGCUACAAAAGUGACAUGCAUGUAUGUCAUCUGAGAUAAGAAAUCCAUUUUCAAAAGGUUAUCAGAUAUUAAACAACGGCAAAGUGCAUUAAAUGCAUAGCAAAUCAGAAAAAUGGUUUUCAAUGAAAAGUAAUUACAGUGUGAGAUUGAUGUAGCAGAAUAGUUUUUACACAAUAUUGAAAAGAAUACGCUUUAAUUAAAUAUAAUUACAAUAUGGACUGUAUGAAGAGAUCAUGUAUAAGGAGUUGAUUAAAACGUAAUUAAAAUCUU